CAGUAGUAAGACGCGCGCCACAGCGACAGAUACAAGCGUUUAGACACCAGGCGUACGUACAUGUGCGUGGUGAAAUGCUGGAUUGACUAACACUGAAGAUCUCGGGGAUCAAUGGCGCGCGGCUUUGAGAUCGUUUAAAAUUUAUUGGAAAGGAGAGUGUGAGAGAGAAAGGAAAGAGAGAGAGAGAGGGAAAACAGUGUCUUUCAACAAUGGAACUUACAAUGGAGAACAUUGGGAAUCUGCACGGCGUGCCACACUCCCAUCAAACGGGGGACUUGAUGAACUCUCCUCACGCGCGACAGUCAGCGACACAUAGGAACUUGGUGUCAUCGCACGGGAGGUCAGCGAUGGUGUCCAGCAUGGCCUCGAUACUGGACGGGGCCGGGGAGUAUCGCACGGACCAUUCGCUGUCCGGUCCUCUCCAUCAAGCGAUGACCAUGUCGUGCGAUUCGAGCAUGAGUCUGAGCAGCACUUACACGACCCUGACGCCGCUGCAGCACCAUUUGCCACCCAUAUCCAACGUCUCAGAGAAAUUUCACCACCACCCGCACCCUCACGCUCAUCACCACCCCGCGCACCAGCGUCUCGCCGCCGGGAACGUCAGCGGCAGCUUCACGCUGAUGCGAGAUGACCGGGGCCUCGCGUCCAUGAGCAACCUAUACGGCCACUACUCCAAAGACUUGUCCGGGAUGGGACAACCUUUAUCGCCUCUUUCCAACGGCCUUGGGUCUUUGCACAACUCUCAACAGACUCUGAACGCGUACGGUCCGACUCACCUGGGGAACGAUAAGAUGAUUUCCACGGGAGGCUUCGAGUCCCAUGCUGCGAUGCUCGGUCGGGGAGAAGAGCACCUGGCGCGGGGUUUAGGGGGCCAUGGGGCGGGCAUCAUGUCUUCUCUCAACGGCAUCAACCACCACCACAGUCACUCACACUCUCAGGCGAACGGGUCGGUGCUUUCGGAGCGGGAUAGGCAGGCAGCAGGUGGCGGCGGACAAGGUAGUGGGUCAGGACAGCUAGAGGAGAUCAACACUAAAGAGGUAGCUCAGCGAAUAACGGCGGAGUUAAAGCGGUACAGCAUCCCACAGGCCAUCUUUGCCCAGAGGAUCUUGUGUCGCUCUCAAGGCACUCUCUCAGACCUCCUGCGGAAUCCCAAACCCUGGAGUAAACUCAAGUCAGGUCGGGAGACGUUCAGACGGAUGUGGAAGUGGCUGCAGGAACCCGAGUUUCAGCGCAUGUCGGCCCUUAGGCUUGCAGCUUGCAAACGUAAGGAACAGGAGCAGCACAAGGAACGCAACAUGGUACCCAAGAAGCAGCGCUUGGUAUUCACUGACUUGCAGCGCCGCACACUCAUCGCCAUUUUCAAGGAGAACAAGCGGCCCUCGAAGGAAAUGCAGGUGACCAUCUCACAGCAGCUUGGCCUGGAACUUAGCACCGUCAGCAACUUCUUCAUGAAUGCACGUCGCCGCUGCGUCGACCGCUGGCAUGAGGAACACCACCAUGGCCAUGUAGCCAGUCCCAGCCAGCCAGGCACCUCGGCCACCACCUUCUCCAAAGCUUAAAUAUAAAUCCCUCUUCCCCUGGGUGGCUGAGACUGGAUCAGUCCAACCUCACAGUCACCCGCUGCGUGCCAAUCAAUCCCACUGUUGCCAAAAAAUGGCGAUGUUUCACGUUAAAUGCAUCCUUUUACUUUAGGACUGUUAUUAAAUCAAGCCAAACAUCUCCAUAUGGAAAAGCAGCACGUUAUAUUAACAUAAACCACAACGAAGUGAGCUGAAAUGGUCUGUUCGUGCGGUUGAGGACAAACGAGCACUUUCACAGCACAGAAGGCUUGUUACUCAAGCAAGGUUGUCAAACAAAGCCACCACCUGCAUCAUCACUCUCAUGCCCACGCUGGCACAAUUCCCUAAUGGCCAGUUGUUUCACUGAGGCUCUCAGAUCAUAUGCUAAGCUAAUGAAUUGAGAGACUAAUCAAUACAGACAGAAAAGCAAAGGACGUCGACCUCUACUGAAGGUGAAAUGGAACGAGCUCCCACAACAAGGACUCACAUAUUCGCCCAGCACGGCUCUCCAUGAGGUUUAUUUUGCACAGAUGGAAAUGGAGGGCUGGACUGAGAUGUUUCAUGGCACUUGUGGUUAACUUGUGUCCUUAUGAUCCAAACUGUCCAUAAUGCAACAAGCAAACCAGCUGACAAAAGCCUUCAGUCUGGGGACAAAAUACUGGACCAUUUUUAGCAAACGGUGCACCAUUUCUGAUCUUGGCAGACUGCCACCUAUGAUAUUUCGACUAUGAAUAGAAUAGUUUUUAUUCCGUAUAGAUACACAAUAGGCCUAAUGUCAAGACAGGUACAACCAAACACAACGAGGCACAUUUUAAACACAUAUGGAAAUAUUUGUUACAAAAUGCUACAUCCACACGCAACUGAAAUCUGACUGACAUUUCAAAUAUUUUGUUUAUCCUGCAAAGUAGAAAAGGGGUAAACAAAGUCCAAAAUGUUACAUCUAAUCUAGUGCCAAUAAUGUUUGCCUUAAUAUAAUAUAAAUGUUCACAUACUCUCAGCCAGAGUCCACUCCCAAAUCGGCAUUAUGUGCCAUAGCAACCAACAAUCAUCUUUUAAAAAAGAAUCAGAAUCUUUUUUAAAACAAAAUAAUGAAAAUAAUCAAUGCUUUAAAUGAUUCAGUACAGCUAGUAUGAUUAAACCAAAUAAAAAUGUAGAAAUAUCUCUACAGUAACACAACAGAAACACUAAAAUAUAUCUCUACAGCAACAGUUUCUCCUCCUCGUUAACCCCUAUUUUUCGUUUGAUUUCACUCCCACUUGCUUUCUCUUCAUAAUAUUAAAGCGGGUAAUUGAUACAAAAUAUUUCUAUUUCUUAUUAAACUUGUGAUCUGUGCAUACGUAAGGCACCUUGUUGAUCAUUUGAAAAAUUCAUUAAAAAAAAAAAAAAGAAAACAAAAAAAAAAGGACUUUCUAAAAGAAUAACCAAGCUUGGGAGGACUGCAGUUGGACAAAUCUCUGCAUUGCAUGUGAACUACCACAGGUCAUAACGGAAGGAACUUUCACUGACUGUGAAAAAGAUAUUUCUCUCUCUUGGCUCUGUUAAAGAGAGAGAAAAAAAAAAGAAUUCUACCCAAAAUGUCUCCCAAAAUCCUUGAAAGACCCUGCCGAAUGGGUGUGAAACAAGGGCACAACCUUACCUCCGUGGCGAGAUGUUAAAAAUCGAAGAGGAGUCUUAUUUUAGUGUGUUUGAAUGCAACAGUAGCAUUACUGGAAAUGUUGCAGGACUUGCUGGACAGAUAAAAGUGGGCACUAUUAAUGUGACGAUGCUCUGAGGAUUGAUUUAUAAGCAGGCCCAGAUGGAAUCUGCAAAAAUUUCAGGAGAAAAAUCAGCGGAAUUAAAUUCAAACAUGGUGCAAUGUGUAGCUGAAAGCAUAAUCAAAUUAGCCAAGUUUUUAAUAAAUGAACAUUCAGUGGCCAGCACAUGUGCAGAAUUUUGUAAAUGACUGGCAUUCGAAUUCUGUGCAAAAAUCUUUCACAUAGAUUUUGUCCAUAGAUUCCAUGUGGGACUGGUUAUGAGCAUUAAGAGAGAGCAGAUUUGUGCUACACAAAUCACUGGGCAUCUAUAUGUACAUUAGCUGAUAAAACUGACCUUUUGUUUGUAGUGAGAACCAGUGUGGCUACCUCACUGAGCUGGGUGGUUUGUGAAACAGCCACUGAUACCAAAGAUUCUUCGACCUGCCAGUCCUGUGCUGCCAAAGGGAGGAAUACACACCAAACACCAAAAGCCCAAUAGCAUAACCAAAGCUGUUACAGCUGUAAACACAUACAAAUGAAUUUUCACAUACAAAGUGACAUAUAAGUGCAGUCAGACUGUAUAGCACCGCACUGAGGGAAGCGGCUGCUAUGCAGAUUGAGUUGAGUGCCUUUUUCCUUCAACAACGGGUGGGACUGCUCUGAUAUACACAAACUGAAGCACACACACUUGGUCAGGUUAUACCCAGAACGCGUUUUUU